AUUGGGCACAUAUAUAUGGAUCACUUUCUCAGUCAGUUACCUGUAGCAUUCUCCUAGUAAGCUAGGCUCACCCUUUGCACACGAUCGACUUGGACCUUGGAUCGGGAUGGACAUCAAUGUUGGCCCGACGACGGCCUCGGCGGGGUGGAAGACGCCCUUGUCCAUGGUGCUGGUGCAGCUCUUCAACACGGGGAUGAUCCUGCUGUCCAAGGUGUCCAUUGGCGGCGGCAUGUUCAUCUUCAGCCUUCUCGCCUACCGCAGCUUCUUCGGCGCCGUCUUCAUCCUCCCCUUUGCGCUCGUCUACGAGAGGGGAAAGUGGAGGGACAUGAGCUGGAGAGCGUUCGGAUUUAUAUUCUUCAACGCGUUUAUCGGGUACUCUGUCCCUUUGAGUCUAUACUACUAUGGCCUCCGGGAUACCACGGCAUCUUAUGCCGUCAUCUUUCUAAAUAUAAUUCCUCUGGUCACGUUCGUGAUCUCCUUAGUUCUCAGAAUGGAGACCAUGCAAAUUUGCAGUGCAGCAGGGUCGCUUAAGAUAGUAGGUGUUUUCCUCUCUGUUGGAGGCACCAUGCUUAUCAGCCUUUACAAGGGCAAGACGCUCCAUCUCUGGAGUCCAAUAUUUGAGUACCAUAAGGACAAACAAUUGGAGGUGGCAAGCAAUCAGCUAAGAGGGACAAUCAUCUUGGUUGCCAGCAGCUUCGCCUUCGCUUGCUGGUACAUAAUUCAGUCAAAGGUUCUCAAGGUGUAUCCGCACAAAUACUGGUCAUCCAUGUUGACAUGCUUAGUUGGAGGAUUUCAGACAGCACUAGUUGGUAUAAUAUUAAGAACAGACAAAAGUGCUUGGAAGCUAGGAUGGGAUCUGAACCUUGUGACCAUUUUGUACUCGGGAGCUCUUGCAACGGCAGCAAGAUAUAGUCUCAACUCGUGGGUUGUGGCUAAGCGAGGCCCAGCAUAUCCACCAAUGUUCAGCCCAUUAUCAGUGGUAUUCACUGUUGUCCUGUCCUCUGUCUUUAUUGGGGAUCAUAUUACAAUAGGAAGCAUCCUUGGAACAACAACGGUGAUUGUUGGGCUCUAUGUUUUCCUAUGGGCAAAAUCAAAAGAAGUUUGGCAAGCAUGAUGAAUAAACUGUCAGCGGAGCUUUUGUAGGUGUAGAAUAUUCUUUUAUCUGUAGAUGUUUGUUUAGGCGUUGAAAUAGUGAAUUUGUCUUAGUUAUCAAUGUGAAAGCCUAUAUGAAUUAGCUUGCAAACAAGAGACAUUGUAUUUUGUUGACGAACAUCAAAGGCAUUUGGCUGUAAGAACUAAGACGUAUGAAACAUUCAUGGUAAACAAACUUGGCGGGUCUGCUCAUGCCUGAGUAGGAUUUGUAUGUUAAGCCAAACUAAAAAAUUGUACUUGAUGAUGUCUUCAACAAU